GUUUUCAUGCAGAAAACUAGCAAGAGGGUCCACUUUGUGAGGACUGUAAUCAGAGAAGUUGCUGGUUUUGCACCAUACGAGAAGAGGAUCACUGAGCUUCUGAAAGUCGGAAAGGACAAGCGAGCAUUGAAGGUUGCCAAAAGAAAGUUGGGCACCCACAAGAGGGCAAAGAAGAAGCGUGAGGAGAUGUCUAGUGUUCUCCGCAAGAUGAGGGCCACUGGAGGUGGAGAAAAGAAGAAGUGAGCUGUGGACUUUUGACUUCAUUAUAGUUAGAAGAGUUUGUUUAGCGUAUGUUGUUUUUUCAUUACUGAAGGAACUUAGUUUGAUUUGAAUUAAAAAUGAGAUAUUGGAAGCAAUGCCUUUAAAACAUUUAUUCUGCUGUUGGCAUUUUCUGUUUGUUCAGAGAAAUAUUUAGUUACCUGUUUUCAAUUC